GGAUUGGCUGUUUUCCUCUCGCCUUGCCACUGUGGGGAGGAUAAAGCUGAGCGGAGGCGCCGAGCUGAAAAUCUUAAAGUUGUGAUCGGUGAAAGAAAGAUCCGGACUAUGAAAGAGCGCAGUGGCUCAAACCUGCCGCAUGGUGCUGAGACGAAGCAUGCUGAAGAGUUUUCUCUCUUUCCAAUAAAGUUAUUAUUUUUGCUUCUUAACCUGCUUUGCAUUCAGAGCGGCUCUGGUCUCGUUUUCAGUCGCACUGGCAGCUGAGUGCUAUCAGAUUUUUUUUUUUUUUUUUUUUUUUUUUUAAAUACAAUUUUUGAAGACAUUUCCGAAACUUCCCUAUAAUCUCCAAGGCGUUCAGAAACACGAGGAAAAGCAAGGCACUUGUAACUUUUUUUUUUCUUUUUUUGUCUCCACGCGAUUUUACGCGCGCGCUCCACUGCGGUGUGGAAGAACGGACUGAGACUCGAACUGUAAAGUGAUUUUAUUUCACCAGAAGGAUUUUAAGAGUUUUAUUGAACGGUUAUGGUGGCGAACAACCCAGACUUGCCGCCCAUCGACUGUGCCGACUCCGGUGAGAUGGAGGCGGACGCGGAUGCCUCGCGGACCCCGGGCUCUCCGCACGCGACCGGGGAUGUGGCGUGGUGCAAGACGCCCACCGGCCACAUCAAGCGGCCUAUGAAUGCCUUCAUGGUGUGGUCGCAGAUCGAGCGGCGCAAGAUCAUGGAGCAGUCUCCCGACAUGCACAACGCAGAGAUCUCCAAGCGGCUGGGAAAGCGCUGGAAGCUCCUGCGAGACUGCGACAAGAUCCCGUUCAUCCGCGAGGCCGAGCGGCUCAGACUCAAACACAUGGCAGACUAUCCGGACUACAAGUACCGGCCGAGGAAGAAGGUCAAAACAUCUGCUGGUGCAUGCAAAGCUGGCGGGGAAAAGGGGGACAAGGGGGUCAGCGGUGGCGGGAAGUCAUCAUCCAAAAAAAGCCACGGCUCUAAUAAAUCUCCUGGCAGGACGCACAAGAAGUCUGGCUCUCUGGAAGCCGUCAGCGAUGCGCUCUAUAAACCGAGGGCAGCGUCUUCUGCCAAGCAGAUACCAGACAAACCGGUGAAGCGCGCGCACUCCAGCUCAGAAAGCCUCGCCCCCUCCGCCGCCGUGCCCGCGAGCCCGACACUGAGCAGCUCGGCUGAGUGCGGAGAGCCUCCGAGCCUCUACGAUGAUGCAGGGACGCGCUUCAAACACGCCCGCGCCUCCUCUCCGACCCCGUCGGCCUCGCACUCCUCCUCUUCCUCCUCCUCGCACUCCUCGGAUGAAGAGUUUGAAGACGACCCGCUGGACUUCGACCCCAGUCCCGGUGGCUUUAGCGGCGGAUUCGGUAGCGACACGUGCCUGGACCGAGACUUGGACUUCGGUUUCGAGUCGGGCUCCGGCUCGCACUUCGAGUUCCCGGACUACUGCACGCCCGAGGUGAGCGAGAUGAUCUCGGGGGACUGGCUCGAGUCCACCAUCUCCAACCUGGUGUUCACGUAUUGAGCCCGGACAUUUUAAGACUUUCCAGGCGUUGAGGAAGAAAGAAAAUAACAAAUCCCAAGCGUCCUGUGACGUCCUACGACGCGACGCGACAGAACGACGCGAUUCCCACCUGUUUCAUAUUAAAACGCUGUGGGCUCUCACACGCAGAUGAUCAAACAUAAUUACAGAAAAGUAAAGACAACAACAAAACAAACUGGGGGGGGUUGCUCCUUGGUAGGAGGAUGGAAGAUGUUAGAAGUUGUUUGGGCGAGCAGGAAGAGCUCAGAAGUUGCACGGAGACGACUGGAGGCUGAGAUUGGCGUCAAAGGGACAUUUUUUUUAUAAUCGAUAAGCUGAUCGCUGAUGGACUGAAAAGGUGAGCGAUUCGAUUCGAGUGACUGAACCGGGCUCCGAAAUGAACUGAAUCGCAUGAUGAGUACGGUUUUGCCAGUGAAGAGCGAGCCGUAUCGGUUUUUAAGAAGAAAAACAAACAUUAAAAAAAAACAAAACAAAACUAUCACCAGCUUUUUUUCCCGUUAACGAGAUGUCAGGUGUUUAAGCGCAACUCAGACGGUUCAGUUUUUUUUUUCUUUUUUUUUUUUUUUUUUUUUUCUUUUUUUUUCUUCCUUACACUACAGAUCAGGACCAAAAUUCGUCCGAGAAGCGUGUUAUCUCUCUCUCUCUCUCUCUCUCUCUCUCUUGCUUUUUUUUUAUUUGAACCUCUCCACCCUGUGAACCCCUCCUCCCUUCCUUUCUACCCCAUUUGUGCUCAGAACAAACAGUUUUAUACCAAUAUAUUUAUAAUGCUCCAAAUGUUUGUGUUUUGCAUUUGCAUUUUUUCCCCCUCCUUUUGUGUUUGUUUUCAAACGGAAAAAUAUAUAUAUAUAAAAAUUGAACGCUAGUGUUAUGAUGUUGCUAACCAGCAGUCAGCAUUCUUUAAAAUGACAUCAUGCUAAUUGGAGGCUGUUGGUUGCCAUUCACUUUUAGCCACAUUAGCAUGUCUGGUAAAGCUCCUCUUUUUGUUUUUGUUUUUGUUUUUUACCCCCCUCUACUGUGCACCAGUAUGUCUUGUUGUGUAGCCUCCAGAUGCAACAUGUACGUUUUUUCUCAAGGGCUAGAAACUGCAUCGUGUCAUUUAAUGGACGGGAGACGAAUCGUUGCUGUUAUUUUCUACGUGUAUUUUUGUACAAUUAAGAUUUUGUCUUGGAAACAAACAAACAAACAAACAAACAAACAAAAAAAAAAGCAAACAAUCUGUUUACAGUGUCGAUCCGCAGAUUUCUUAAAGACACACUAUCACACUUUCUCAACCAGCCAUGCAAAUGAGACUGUAUGUAGCGGAAGCAUCAGUGUCCUUAUGGGAAAUACUGUUUCCUUUUUUUGACGAUUUCUUUGUGCUUUAAUCAGUGAAUCCGUCAUUUUUUAGAAAAAAAAAAAAAAAAAAAAAAAAACCACUGGAUGUAAUUUGAACACGCUCUAAAAUGCCUAUAUGAUUUCAUGAAGUAAUGCUUUCACUCCUAAAUGUUACAAGGAUAUUUAAUCUUUUUCUACUUGUUGGCUAAAUGUAGCUAAUCGUUUUUAGUAUGUUACGGCAUGGCGACUAGCGUUUCGUAUUUUGAAAAAAAAAAAUUCAGGUUCACGUAGAGCUGUUGUGGUUAAGGCAAAAGGAUCAACGUGAAGAUUUUUUUUUUUCUUUCUUUUUUUUUUUUUUUAAUGUACAUUGAUUGUAUAAUAAAGUAAAAAGACUGUGUGCUUGUGUGGCAAAGACCUGCCAUACUUGGCACUUUGAACAUAUAUCUUUAUACGUCCCUAUGUUUAAAGUUGUUGUUCAUGACUUUUUUGGGAUAAAUAGGUCUAUAUACAUUUUAAUAUUGUUUCAUUUUGUGCAAUAUGCUGUGUACAAUAUUGUUUUGUCUUGCCAUACCAUAUCACGUUUGAGUAGAGAAUUCAAAGCCAGCCAAUUGUGUCAAGUCACUGCCUGUCAGACCUCUGUACAAAAAGAAAAAGAACAAAAAAAAAAAAAAAAAAAAAAACUUUGUCUUUUUUUUCCAGAAGGAAAUAAAAUCAGCUGGAACUGAA